AUGUGCGUUGCCAAGAUGAUGUCCCUCCGCUCCGCUGUGCGGAGAGCUUCGUGCAAGCCCCUCCGUACUCUCUCCGCAUCAACUGCUCCUCGAGUUGCAGCUAAGACUGCCACCUCCCUCCGCCAGUGUCGCCCCUACUCCCGUUCGACGGACCCUCACCUGACCGCCACCCGCAGUACUGUCGUGCAGCUGCUGAGCAACAUUGGCUCUAAGCGCGAGGUUCAGCAGUACCUGUCACACUUCACCUCCGUGUCGUCCCAGCAAUUCGCCGUGAUCAAGGUUGGCGGUGCUAUCAUCACCGAGCACCUUGAGACCCUGUCCUCCGCUCUCGCUUUCCUCAACCAUGUCGGUCUGUACCCGAUUGUCGUCCACGGUGCCGGGCCCCAGCUCAACCGCAUGCUGGAGGCUGCCGGUGUUGAGCCUCAAUUCGAGGAUGGAAUUCGAGUGACUGAUGGUAAGACCAUGGCCUUGGCCCGCAAGCUCUUCCUGGAGGAGAAUAUGAAGUUGGUGGAGGAACUCGAACGCAUCGGUAUCCGUGCUCGUCCCAUCACCGCGGGCGUCUUUUCGGCCGAUUACCUCGACAAGCCCAAGUACAACCUGGUUGGCAAGAUCAAUGGUGUUGACAAGGCCCCCAUUGAGUCCGCAAUCGCUGCUGGCUGUCUACCCAUUUUGACUUCUAUGGCCGAGACCCCCGACGGCCAGGUGCUGAAUGUCAAUGCGGAUGUGGCUGCUGGUGAGCUUGCCCGCUCUUUGCAGCCCCUCAAAAUCGUCUACCUGGCCGAGAAGGGUGGCCUUUUCAAUGGUGAUACCGGCGAGAAGAUCUCCGUUAUUAACCUCGAUGAGGAGUACGACCACCUGAUGACUCAAUGGUGGGUGCGCCACGGCACUCGUCUCAAGAUCAAGGAGAUGAAGGAACUUCUCAGCGACCUUCCUCGCUCAUCUAGCGUCGCCAUCAUCCACCCCGCCGAUCUCCAGAAGGAGCUCUUCACCGACUCCGGUGCCGGUACCCUGAUUCGCCGCGGUAACAAGAUUCACGUCAAGACCAAGCUGUCCGAGUUUGAGAACAUGGAUGCUCUGAAGGAGGUGCUGCUCCGUGACCGUGAAGGCCUUGAUGCCCGCGCCGUCGUCGAACGCUACGUCGAAGGCAUGAAGGAGAAGGACUUCAAAAUUUACUGCGACGAGCCCAUGGAGGCUUUGGGUGUUGUGCUGCCUCCGCAACCUAACUCUCAGAUGGCCCACUUGGCCACUUUCACCAUCACCAAGUCCGGUUGGUUGACCAAUGUCGCUGACAACGUCUUCGCCAGCAUCAAGAAGGACUUCCCCAAGUUGGCAUGGACUGUCAAGGAGGACGACGAGAACCUGACCUGGUUCUUCGACAAGGCCGAGGGCAGCCUGAGCCGUGAUGGACAAGUCCUGUUCUGGUAUGGCGCUGAGAAUGGUGAGGAGGUCAAGCAGCUGGUUCAGGAGUUCAACGAGCACGGCCGCCAGAUGUUCGGUGACAUCAACCUGGAGGCGCGCCUCCACCGCGCCGCUGAGGCCGCCGCCAACAUCGGCAAGGGCUUUGGUGCUAGCGGCGCUUCUGCUGAGCAGAAGCGUGGCUUCUCCACCACCAGCAACGCGCUGCGCAUGAGCCGUGCCAAGCGUCCCGCCGUUUCUGUGAACGCUUUCCGCACCUAUGCGACUACCAACCCCAACCCUCCUCUCGGAGAGAAGAACAUCUCCAACACCCAGCCCGCUAAGGUUGCUCUCAUCGGUGCCCGUGGCUACACCGGCCAGGCCCUCAUCAACCUGCUCAAUGCUCACCCCAACAUGGAUCUCCGUCACGUCUCGUCCCGCGAGCUGGCUGGCAAGAAGCUCCAGGGCUACGAAAAGCGUGAGAUUACUUACGAGAACCUCAGUCCGGAGGAUGUCCGCAAGAUGUCUGCCAACGGCGACAUCGACUGCUGGGUGAUGGCUUUGCCCAACGGUAUCUGCAAGCCUUUCGUCGAUGCCGUCGAUGAGGGUUCUAAGACCGGCAACGUCAUCGUCGACCUGAGCGCUGACUACCGCUUCGACCCCAAGUGGACCUAUGGUCUUCCCGAGCUCGUUGAGCGGUCCAAGAUCGCCCAGGCCACUCGUAUUGCCAACCCCGGAUGCUACGCCACCGCCGCUCAGCUCGGAAUUGCUCCUCUCGUUCCCUUCCUUGGCGGCCAGCCCACCACCUUCGGUGUCUCUGGAUACUCCGGUGCUGGAACCAAGCCCAGCCCCAAGAACGACGUGCAGUUCCUUACCAACAACCUCAUCCCCUACAGCUUGACCGACCACAUCCACGAGCGUGAGAUCAGCUCGCAAUUGGGCACCAACAUUGCCUUCAUCCCCCACGUCGCUGUUUGGUUCCAGGGUAUCUCCCACACCAUCAGCAUUCCUCUCAAGCAGAAGAUGACAUCUCGUGAUAUCCGCAACCUCUACCAGGACCGCUACGCCGGUGAGAAGCUCGUCAAGAUCGUCGGCGAGGCCCCUCUUGUCAAGGACAUUGCCGGCCGCCACGGUGUCGACAUUGGUGGAUUUGCCGUCCACUCCAGCGGUGAGCGUGUUGUUGUCUGCGCCACCAUUGACAACCUGCUGAAGGGUGCCGCCACCCAGUGCCUACAAAACAUGAACUUGGCUCUGGGCUACUCUGAGUACGAAGGAAUUCCUCUCGACUAA